AAGUAACAAAUCAUUUAGGAGGAUGUUCUGCCUCUCAGUGGGCUGCUAGAUAGGGUUUUCUUUCAUUUCCGAGUUCUCACUUCUUCCACAACCCACACGUUCUUUUUAAGUCAGCAGAUUUUACAGGAACCUCUGUAAUGCAAGCAGAAAUUCCAACACCCUCUUAGACGAUACUUAAAACUGAGUGUCAGACUUGCAGUGGCUUAGUUCCUCCUUGAUUCAGCUUUGCAAUUUUCUCUCCCAGUUUGUUUCUCAAUGGAAAGCACUGAGUUCUGCUAUGUUUGCUGCUUAGUCCAAGAUUAUCUGAAAUACGUUCUUCAGGAAUCACAGCCUGGACCAGCCCCAAGCAGAGUGGCUCAUGUCUUACGAAACAUUGCAUCUUCUUUGCAAAAGGAAACUGAAGAGAAUCUAAAGCCAUUCUUGGACAGACUUGAAUUUUCAUCUAUAGAUGUUGCCAGAAGAAUUUUCACUCAAGUCAUGGAGCAAGAAUUUGCUGAUGGCAAUACCAACUGGGGACGGAUUUUGACAAUAUUUAUGUUUGGAGGAAUUGUCACUAAGAGGCUUCAAGAGCAUGGAGCUCAGCUUACAGGAGAAAAUAAAGAGCAGAUUUCAUAUUUCAUCACAGAAUACAUCAUGAACAACAAGGCUGAAUGGAUAGAGGCAAAUGGAGGUUGGGAAAAAGGCUUCCUUGUGAAGUUUGAGGAUCAGAAAUCGUGGCUGUCCUUAUUUGAUGUGAAGGCAAGAAUCAUGGCUGUUUUCUCCUUCUUCAGUCAAUAUUAUUGAUAAAAAAUGGACCUGUCUUCCUGCAUGCAUGAACUGGAUAUUCUUCUCCUUUUUCAUGUGUCUCUAUACAUUUGACCAUUUCAUUACACAUGCUUGUGUUCAUUGGUUUUACUUUGUGAGGUCUUUCACUGUACGUGUACCUUCAAGCAGUGGGCCUUGCAGCAGGUGUUGCAUAGUCUGAGGCUCUUGUGCUGCAGUCAUGGGUGGUUGAACCAAUGGUAUAGCCUCACUUCUUCAUUAGUUCCUUUGAGUGGAGGUUGAGACAGCACCACCUUUGCCAUGGCUCAUCAGCCCCUGGUGGUAAGGACUCAGCUGCUGGACUGUCCAUUUUUCCGCUGUCAAGUAUUUUCUUCAGCCGCUCGUUCCUCAUCUGUAGGUGUCCUCUUGGGUGUGGCAUCAAGAGGUUGGGUGCUGGUGAGGAGCUCCUGCGUGACUUUAGACAUUUGUGUGCUGCGGGAUGGUUAUACAGUGGGCAUCUCAUACCUUCAGUUUGGCUUGAUCAUUCUAUCCUGCUAGCCACAGCUCUUCUGAUGUCAGGCAGAGCAAUGCCAGCCAGCAGGUAUACAUUGUUUGGUCCGGUAGGCUUCACACAUCCUGUGAUGCACUAGCAGCUAUUGUUCCGACUGGGGUCAAGGCAUGACUCAUUGCACUGAUUUCCUUUCAAUAACUUCACCAAGGCUAAAAUAAAGGAGGGGGUUUUUUGUUUUUACUUUGUUAAUUUAUGAACAUACAUAAUCAAUAUGCCCAAUGUGGCUUCUUUAACCACAGAAGAAACUGGAGUCCUCCAGUAUGGAAGAGGAAGAGUACCAGCCCACCAAUAUAAGUCAAAGAGAGCAGUCAAGGAGAGUUAUAAGCAUGAUCUAGUUGGGGGUGGGCAGCGUGAAUUGUAAUUGUUUUGUAAAUGCAUCUUGCUUUAUUGCUAUGGUCCCAACUCUUCAUUGGUCCAUAGGCAACAAUACCAAACAAUUAAUGCACCGUUAUUUGCAUCAUCAUUUGCUUUCCCUGUCAAUUUUAGUUUUAAUAUUUUCAGUUCUUACAGCUAGAAAUAAUAUUGGAGGGUCUCACAGGCAACACAUGGCCUGAAACUAUGGGAUGGGAACAACUGCUUAUUUUAUUUUAUUGCAACUUUAUUAUAAACAAAAUAUAUUUUUUCACUAAAGGAAAACUAGAUAAACAUCCUUUAUGUAAGUGCAUCAGAGUUUAUGAAUAGAUUGAAUACUUAUAAUAGAACCAGUAACUUAAAAUAUUGGCCAGUUACACGAAAUGUGUAUUCCUGUUUACUGACAGUUCAAUGGCAUUUGUUUAAUAAUUUCUUUUUUAAAAAAAGGUUCUUUGUAUGUACAGUUGCUACUUUAUAAACUGCAGUAAGGUAGCCAUUUAAUUUCUUUUUAAAGAGAUGUUUUUUACAUGGUGAAGUGCAAUAAAAAUAUUUGAAAUU